AUUUAUCAUUGAAAUGAUAGAUAUUUACUUAUACUACUGAUAUAUAUAUCUAUAUAUAAAUACAAGGUUAAUUUAUCAUCGAAUACUGAUUUAAAGUUGUUAUCUUAUUUAGUAUUUUAUUAUGUACAGGAUACAAUAAACAUAGAUUUACAUCCCUUUUAAUGAAAAUAAACAAUUGAAUGAAUAAAGUAUAUUUCACAGUUAAUAAUACAUAAUUAUGAAUAGAAGUGAUAAAUGUCUUCAUUUUCUUUUUAUUUGUAAACUGGUUGUUUUACUUUCAUGGAUUAUAUAAUCUAGGCUAUAUAUUGAACAGGUUGAAUGAUGCUCAAUAAUAUAACUCAAUUAACAACAAUGAUAACAACCAUAGCAUCAACAAUAACUACAAACAAUCUAUCAACAUCACCAAUAAAUGAAGUGAAUCAAUCUAUGACAACAACAUCAUUAGUAACAACUACCAAUAUUAUGCCAAUAAUCAAUGCAAAAUGUAAACCUAUUGAAUCAUUAGAAUUAUUUGGACGUGUUUACGGUGAUAUGCAUGGAUAUAUUACAUUAUUUCUAUGUCCUAUAUGUGUAUUAUCUAAUAUUUGUAUUGUAAUUGUACUUAAUCAACGUGAUAUGAUAUCACCGACAAAUUUUCUAUUAACAUCAUUAGCAAUCAGUGAUGGUUUAUUGAUGAUUUUCUAUAUACCAUUUACAAGUUAUUUCUUAAUUGGUCGUCAUACACGUAAUUCAACUUAUAAUUGGGCUGUUUAUCUUCUAUUUCAUAUUAGUCUACAAAAUUUUCUUCAUUUAACUUCAAGUUAUAUUGUUGUUGUCAUAGCUGUAUUUCGAGUUCUCUAUGUAAAAUUUAUAGUCAAAUGUCAAAUUUUAUGCAGUAUGCAAAGAGCUAAAUUUGCUAUUACAAUAGUAUUUAUAAUUAGUAGUAUAUUAUCUAUUCCAUGUAUUAUGAAUCAUCAUAUUGUACAAAAUAAUAAUGAACAUAAAUUGAAUAGUUACAUGGUUACUUAUGUAGAUAAUGAAGUUAUGUUAAAUUAUCUUUAUUGGAAUACGGCAAUUUUUUUGAAACUUCUACCAUUAGUAUGUUUAUGUGUACUUAGUUUUAUGAUUAUAUAUACAAUACGUAGACAAAAUUCACGUAUGAGAAAAAUGAAAACCAAAUCAAUGAUAUGCGUUGAUCGUGUUAUUGAAACAUCCAGUUCACAUAAUCCAACUAGUUCAAAUUCAAUCAUCAUUAAUUAUAAUGAAUUAGAUCAAAAUCAAAAUCAAUUAAAUAAUCAUGAUAUAAAAGAAAAGAUUAAAUUUCAACCCAUUCAUGGAUCUAAUACUUUAUCAUAUACAACUAAUUCAAUGUACAAAAAUGUUACUCUAUUAAAAAAACGUAAUACAUUUGAAAAUGAACGUGAAAAAGCAGAAAAUAGAAUGACAAAAUUUUUAUUAGCUAUUGUUUUCAUAUUUAUGAUUACAUUACUUCCUCAGGCAAUAUUAUUAUUUUUAAGUGGACUUGUGGGUGAUUGUUUCACAGAUACUGUGUAUAAUGCAUUGGGUGAUUUUAUGGAUCUAUUGACAAUUGUUAAUAAUGGUAUUAAUUUUAUACUGUAUUGUUCAAUGUCACAUCAAUUUCGUACAACUUUCAUACAAUUCUGUACAAGGAUAUUUAAAAUAUUUAAAAAGACCUAAUGCCCAAUAUUGAUAAAUCUUUGAUUUUCGCUUAUUCUUUUCAUUCUUUUCAACGCACUUUUCAACACCUCAGCCGUGUUCUUCAUACAUUUCACAUUUUCGCAGUGAAAUACGUAUGUACAGGUAUCUUCUCAUUCCCUGUUAAAUACAGUAGAACAAUAAUGAAAUAAAAAUACAUAUGAAACUAGAGGAAAAGAACUGUAAAUGUGAUAUGUAGCUAGAAUGAAUAAAAAUUCAGUUUUCUUCACGAGAUUUGAUUGUAUCUUACUUAUUGUCUAUUUAUUGUUUAUAAUGAAACCACAAUUAUGUUUGGUAAUCCAAUGUUAUUGUAAAAGAAAAACUGAAUACAA